AUUUAGAAUUGAUUUGACCAUAAAGUUAAAUAAAAUCAAAUUAGAAAAAUUUAAGAAAGAUUAACAUGCUUCAUAAAAACCAAUUUUUAACAUUUUAAAUGAGGUGAAGAGAACUUAGCUUAAACUUUCAAUGAAAUAAGUGGUUUAAUGAGAUAACAAUGACUUCGAGACAAUAAUACCAAUGAGAUUAUAGAAUACACAACCCCACACCCCCAAAAAAAUAAAAUAAAAAGAAUGAAAAAAAUAAAAUCAAGAAAGUAGUUAAAUGGAGAAAAAAAAAAAAAAAAAGGAUUCCCAUGUUCUUCCCCUUUCCUGUUUCUCAUCUCUUGCUUGUCUUCCCUCCACUUUUAUUUCCUUUUUCUUGCUGCUACUGUUAAGCAUCUUUACUCUUUACCUCUCCCACUACUUUUGUUAUCUUUCCUUAAAUUUUUCCUUUUUUUUUUACUCAUUUGAUUUAUUUUAUUUUCCUAAUUUCCAAGCUCAAAUUUUUCUGGUAUAUAUCUCUUCCUUCCUCAGCUUAACACAAAUUUUCUCUCUCCUUUUCCACUCAUAUUCUUCCUUUUGUUCUUUGCUUAGUUUAGCAUUUGUUUGUUUGAUCAUAAAGUUUCUACUUUUUAUUCUCAAUUGAGUAGUUUUCACUUCAAUUGUGCUAAAAAUUUGAUCUUGGUUAAAAAUUCCCAGCCCUUUUUUUUGAUUUUUAACCCCUUUUGAAUUUCUGGGUUUUCCCUUCAGUUUUAGUUUUUUCUAGUACCCAGAUUUAUUGGCUAAGUUAGAGUGAUUAAUAAUUUGUUCAAUAAUGUUUCCUCUUUAUCUUCUUUAAGAGUUAAUUGUAUUUUUGUGGGGGUAGAUUUCUGCAAAAAUCUGGGUCUUUUUUUCUUGUUUUUCUGGGGUUUGAGUUAGUGGUGAUUCAAUUUCAAUGGGAUUAUGUCAUGCAAAACCCAUUAAAAUCCCAGAAACCCAGUAUGAAAAUGGAGAAAUUAAUGGAGAAAUUCAACCCCAAAAUAGUGGAAGUGGGAAAACCCCAAAAUUCCCAUUUUACAGCCCAAGUCCAUUGCCAAGUGCUUUUAAGAACUCCCCAGCAAAUUCUAGUGUAACAUCAACCCCUCUUAGGUUCUUUAAGCGCCCCUUUCCGCCGCCGUCUCCGGCGAAGCACAUUCGGGCUUUGCUAGCUCGGAGACAUGGUUCUGUGAAGCCUAAUGAGGCCUCAAUUCCUGAAGGGAGUGAGUGUGACAUUGGAUUGGAUAAAAAUUUCGGGUUUUCAAAACAAUUUGCUAAUCAUUUUGAGAUUGGUGAAGAGGUUGGGAGGGGCCAUUUUGGGUAUACUUGUUAUGGUAAAGGGAAGAAAGGUAGCUUGAAGGGGCUAGAUGUUGCUGUCAAAGUCAUUCCCAAAGCAAAGAUGACUACAGCUAUUGCAAUCGAAGAUGUCAGAAGAGAAGUCAAAAUAUUACGAGCUCUUACUGGCCAUAAGAAUCUGGUGCAGUUCUAUGAGUCUUAUGAAGAUGAUGACAAUGUAUAUGUUGUGAUGGAGCUGUGUCAAGGUGGAGAAUUGUUGGACCGCAUACUUUCGAGAGGUGGAAAAUUCUCUGAAGAAGACGCAAAGGCUGUCAUGGUCCAGAUUUUGAGUGUUACUGCCUACUGUCAUCUUCAAGGGGUGGUUCACCGAGACCUCAAGCCCGAGAAUUUUCUAUUUACAUCCAAAGAUGAGAAUGCCGCUCUUAAGGCUAUUGACUUCGGAUUGUCUGACUAUGUAAAGCCAGAUGAGAGAUUAAAUGAUAUCGUAGGAAGUGCUUAUUAUGUAGCUCCUGAAGUUCUCCACAGAGCCUAUGGGACUGAGGCAGAUAUGUGGAGCAUUGGGGUAAUUGCUUAUAUUCUACUAUGUGGAAGCCGUCCCUUCUGGUCUCGUACCGAAUCUGGAAUUUUCCGGGCUGUCUUGAAGGCUGACCCUAGUUUUGAUGAAGCCCCUUGGCCUUCCUUAUCACCAGAGGCAAUCGACUUUGUCAAAAGAUUAUUGAACAAGGAUUACCGAAAACGAUUAACUGCUGCUCAGGCACUAAGUCAUCCAUGGCUUUCUGGCUAUCACCAGGACGAUAAGAUCCCCCAGGAUAUGAUAGUGUACAGGCUUGUAAGAGCUUACAUAUGCUCAUCUUCUUUGCGGAAAGCAGCUCUUGGGGCUCUUGCAAAGACGUUAACUGUGCCUCAACUAGCUUAUAUGAAGGAACAAUUUCAGAUGCUAUCUCCAAGCAAAAAUGGCUACAUAUCAAUGCAAAAUUUUAAGACAGCUGUAUUGAGAAAUGCUACAGAUGCUAUGAAGGAUUCCCGAGUUAUUGAAUAUGUCAACCUGGUUAGCUCAAUCCAGUACAGAAAGAUGGAUUUUGAAGAAUUUUGCGCCGCAGCCAUAAGUGUGCAUCAACUAGAAGCAAUGGAAACCUGGGAGCAACAUGCACGACGUGCUUAUGAGCUGUUUGAAAAGGAUGGUAACAGACCAAUAAUGAUUGAAGAACUGGCCUCGGAGCUUGGACUCAGUCCAUCAGUACCCGUGCACGUGGUUCUUCAAGAUUGGAUUAGACAUUCUGAUGGAAAGCUUAGUUUUCUCGGGUUUGUUAGACUUCUACAUGGAGUCUCUUCUCGCACAUUUCAGAAGGCAUAACUGGUGUACGAACACUUCUACAGUCUGAGUUUCUUAAUACUCAGCGGGUAAAUUUCCUCACAGCAAACCAUCUUUUCUUAAGAUGAAAGGUUCCUAUUCAUGAAAGCUCGGCUGCACAUUAAUGUUAACCCUUAUAUCUGACAACUAAUGAGCCUCUGAAAGCUCCUGGAUUAUUUCAGUCUUUUUCUUUUCUUUGCUUCCUUCAAAAUCAUAUAAAUGUUUCGUCUAGGAUAGUGUUUGCUGGUGCUGGAACUUAAAAGGUAGAGAAAUGUACAGAUGGAAAUUUAGAUUUUUAGAGUAGUGAACUGCUGGAAGCGAAAAUCAAGGUUUUGUUAUUUUUUAGGUACAUCCUGUGUACUCUAUGCAUAUGUUUUUCUCAGUAAUUAGGGGAAAAAAUUGUGCCUGAUCACGUCAGUAGCAAUAUGGACUGACCGACGUAUAAGCCGAAGAUGAUCCAUGGCAUAUUAUGUAACGAGACUUGCUAUUGUAUUUUGCUUAUACUGAUAUACAUAACUUCAUCAUGAAUUGUCCU